GCUGCGGUUGAGGCGGCAGUGGCGGAGCUGAGCUAAGUGGGGUGCGGGCGGCGGGAUUGGGGGUCCGGCAUGGACGUUUCGGGGCAGGAGACCGACUGGCGGAGCGCCGCCUUCCGGCAGAAGCUGGUCAGUCAAAUUGAGGAUGCCAUGAGGAAGGCUGGCGUGGCCCACAGUAAAUCCAGCAAAGAUAUGGAGAGCCAUGUGUUCUUGAAGGCCAAGACCCGGGACGAAUACCUCUCUCUUGUGGCCAGGCUCAUUAUCCACUUUCGAGACAUUCAUAACAAGAAAUCUCAAGCUUCUGUAAGUGAUCCUAUGAAUGCCCUGCAGAACCUGACUGGUGCCCCUGCUGCAGGAGCCACUGGAAUCAACAUGGCUGGUCGAGGCCCAGGACAGACCCUAGGUGGGAUGGGCAGCCUGGGUGCCAUGGGGCAGCCACCUCCAGGAACCUCCGGAAUAGCCCCACAUGGUAUGGCUGUUGUAUCUACAGCAACUCCACAGACCCAGCUGCAGCUCCAGCAGGUGGCGCUGCAGCAGCAGCAGCAGCAGUUCCAGCAGCAGCAGGCAGCGCUACAGCAGCAGCAGCAGUUCCAGGCGCAGCAGAGCGCCAUGCAGCAACAGUUUCAGGCAGUGGUGCAGCAGCAGCAGCAGCAGCUCCAGCAGCAGCAGCAGCAGCAGCAGCAGCAGCACCUGAUUAAACUGCAUCAUCAGAACCAGCAACAGAUACAGCAGCAGCAACAGCAGCUGCAGCGGAUGGCACAGCUGCAACUACAACAGCAGCAACAGCAGCAGCAGCAGGCUUUGCAGGCCCCACCGAUGCAGCAGUCACCAAUGCAGCAGCCACAGCCUCCACCCACCCAGGCCCUACCGCAGCAACUGCAGCAGAUGCAUCACCCGCAGCACCACCAGCCACCGCCGCCGCCACCCCAGCAGCCGCCAGUUGCUCAGAACCAACCACUGCAGCUGCCGCCACAGUCUGUGACAUCCCAGGCACCAGCCCUGCCUGGACAGAUGCUGUACACACAGCAGCAGCUGAAACUUGUCCGAGCGCCGAUGGUGGUGCAGCAGCCACAGGUACAGCCGCAGGUGCAGCCGCAGGUACAGCAGCAAACAGCAGUACAGACACCUCAAGCCGCCCAGAUGGUAGCUUCCGGAGUCCAGAUGAUCACCGCAGCCAUGGCCCAAGGCGGGAUGCAAGUAAGAGCCCGGUUCCCACCCUCCACCGCUGUGUCGGCCGCACCACCAGGCGCCCUUCCCACGGGCGGACAGCCCCCGGCUCAGGUCAGCCAGAGCAGCCUCCCCAUGCUGUCCUCGCCGUCACCGGGCCAGCAGGUGCCAACCCCCCAGUCAAUGCCCCCGCCUCCCCAGCCAUCUCCACAGCCUGGCCAGCCUAGCUCGCAGCCCAACUCCAACGUCAGCUCCGGCCCUGCCCCAUCCCCCAGUAGUUUCCUGCCCAGCCCCUCACCUCAGCCUUCCCAGAGCCCAGUCACUGCACGCACCCCUCAGAACUUCAGCGUCCCUUCACCUGGACCUCUAAACACCCCAGUGAACCCCAGCUCAGUCAUGAGUCCUGCUGGCUCCAGCCAGGCUGAGGAACAGCAGUACCUAGACAAGCUAAAGCAGCUGUCCAAGUAUAUUGAGCCCUUGCGCCGCAUGAUCAACAAGAUCGACAAGAACGAAGACAGAAAAAAGGACCUGAGUAAGAUGAAGAGUCUUCUGGACAUCCUGACAGACCCCUCCAAGCGGUGUCCCUUGAAAACACUGCAGAAGUGUGAGAUCGCCCUGGAGAAGCUCAAGAACGACAUGGCCGUGCCCACACCCCCGCCGCCCCCAGUGCCACCAACCAAGCAGCAGUACCUGUGCCAGCCCCUCCUGGAUGCCGUCCUGGCCAACAUUCGCUCACCAGUCUUCAACCACUCCCUGUACCGCACGUUCAUGCCGCCCAUGGCGGCCAUCCAUGGCCCACCCAUCACGGUCCCUGCGGUGUGUACCCGGAAGCGUAAAUUUGAGGACGACGAGCGACAGAGCAUCCCCAAUGUGCUCCAGGGGGAGGUGGCCCGGUUGGACUCCAAGUUUCUGGUGAACUUGGACCCUUCUCACUGCAGCAAUAAUGGCACUGUCCACCUGAUCUGCAAGCUGGAUGACAGGGACCUCCCAAGUGUGCCGCCACUGGAACUCAGCGUGCCCGCAGACUACCCUGCCCAGAGCCCACUCUGGGUCGACCAGCAGUGGCAGUACGACGCCAACCCCUUCCUGCAGUCGGUGUAUCGGUGCAUGACCUCACGGCUGCUGCAGCUCCCUGACAAGCACUCAGUCACAGCCCUGCUCAACACCUGGGCGCAGAGCGUCCACCAGGCCUGCCUAUCGAACGCAUAGCAGCACCCUGCUGGAGACUGCUGGAGAUGCAGUCUCGUGCUGGACGUUUCUAGGUGUUGUUGGUUCCUUAGAGAGCCUGGGUUUGGUUAGCUUUCCUGCUUUUAUCUUCUGCCUUGGGACCUGCCAGACCUUUUCCCACACUCAGAUAGUCCUCCGACAAGUGGCUGUGGAGCUGACUGAGCCAGGAAGGGCUGGCUGUCUAUUCCUAAAGAAGUCUCUCCAUGUAGACUUCAUCUGGGGUCCAGCACUUCUCUCACCCACCACUCCCCACGCUGCCCCUCUUGCGCUCAUCUGGCACGCACCCCAGUCCUCGCCAAUGCCACAUCCACUGAGUGCAUGAGCGCAGAACUCAGGGUCCUGUUAGAGCAUCAUGUGCAUCCUAGGAUAUGGUUCCACCUGCUUCUGCAAGAGAACAUGGAGAGCAUAGGAAACAACACGGAGCUCUGGGUUUAGACAGAUGACAUCACCUUUGGGAUGUGGGACACAUCACAGGGGCAGUGGGUUCCUGAGGAGCAGGCUUCACCUUGGAGGAAUGGCCUGGCCUCACCUCUGGGCACCUACCCUCCACACCACUGUCCCGGGCAUCCCACAAGUGCCCACAAGUUGGGUCGAGGCAUCAAGGCCCAGCUGUGAAGGAUGGAGCGUGACUACCCUGGCAGCUGUGAUGCAGCCACCCCCCCAGAGCCUGUUCCAGGGCAAAGCCACACUGAGGCUGGGCAGGUGCUGUCCUCCAGGCCUGCCCCAAAGCCAUACACCAUCUCUGUGUACCACCUGCACAUGCCGCCAGGCCACCCUGGGCAUCAGCCAGUCAGCCGGCCUCAGGACAAGAGGAGUCCACCUUUUAUAUGUGCACUAUUAUGUCAUCUGUGGUUCUUAUAAUAAAUUUAUUACUCCUGUGCUUGUCAUGAAUCUGUUACUGCGCUCCCUCGAUGAGUCUUGGGCUCCCUGCCCUGUUCCAUCAGUGUUGGUGACAGUCUGGCCCUGGAUGCCCCAGUUCCUGCCCGUCUGACCCAGCUCUCCAGGCAGAAUUCCUGCCCUGAAGGAGACACUGAAAUGAACACUGAGGAGGUAGGUAGGCAGUGUGGGGAGGACUGGCCAGGGCAGAGUCAGUACUAAACUGGCCAUCCCCAGGGAGCAGAAGUAGCUGCCAUCCAGGAUGGCAAGUGAGGGGUGGCGUGAGCCUUGGACACAUGAUGUCGAGGGUGGGAGACCCAGCUUAGAAAAGUCCAGGCCCCAGAAAGGAUGGGACUCCCUUGGCAGUGGUCCUCUGAAGCGGACAGACAGGGCUCAGCCAGGUGAGCCAUUGAGCAGUACUUCCCAGCCAAGGCAGGACAGCACAAGGCCAGAAACCUGGAAGGCAGCCCCCGGUCCUGCCAGGGUCCCCCACAUCACACCAGUUCCACGUGGAUGCUUCUGGCUCCCAGAGGACGGAGUGGCUUUGCCUGCGC